AUCUUCAUCUCACCUAUACUAGAAGCAGUAGAUCUUCAGAAAUAAGAUGGAUACUUCGACAGUGCUAGAAAAGUAUACUCAGGAUUUGUCCAACUUGCCUCUUGAGGUAAAGCAUCUCUUGGAAGAGAUCAAAAGCAAAGAUAUACAGGUGAUGGAAGCCAGAAAACGGUACCAGACAAAGGACAACCAGAUUCACAAGUUCAUCCGGUCUAAUGGAACUCUUACCAAGCAUCCCAAGGAACAACAGUUGUAUAACAAAAUAGAAGAGGAUAUGAAGGUAAUGAAGAAGCUUCAGAAGGAAAAGAUUCUUUUGGCCAACACGGCUUUGCUUUUGAUAUCCAAACAUUUGUACCAUUUCGAAACAGAUAUUGCCCGACUUGAACGUGACGAGAUGUUGCCUCCUGUGGAGAACAUGUGGGAAGAAGAAGGAGGUUCUGCGUUCAAGUCAGAUUUAAAUAGUGCAAAUGGCUUGUCGGACAGUCUAUCAGGUACGCCGACUCCACGCAGUGGUACUGCUACUGGUACUCCUACAGCUGAGGGAAUUCGUAAUAAGAAGAGAAAGCACAUGUCAAGUGUGCGGACCUCCGCCAGUAUGAGUAACAUUGCUAAUAGUAGGCCAAUAAAGAGAUUGAGAUCUGAAGAAGCAGAAGAUACACGCUUUGGCGCCAUGAUGAGGUCUUCGUCUGGACCAGGGUCAUUAGAAGGACACACACGAAACAUUUCCGGACCACACGAACAUGGUCCUCUGGGAAAUGGUGAGGAUGCUGAUAACAACUUGUACUGUUUCUGCCAGAGAGUGUCUUUUGGAGAGAUGAUUGGUUGUGACAAUGACGACUGUAAGUAUGAAUGGUUCCAUUGGAGCUGUGUAGGGAUUACGUCGCCUCCGAAGGACGACGAGGUGUGGUAUUGUCCCGAUUGUGCUCCUAAGAUGGAGAAGCGUAAGAAGAAGAGAAAGGUGUAAAGAGAUGUAGAGACAAGAUUAAGGCAUAGAUGUUUCAAAGAUCCGGAACUAUAUGUGAAUCUUUCACCUGUUCGAGUGCUGACUAUGUGAGAUCGAUAAAGAGAGUAAGCCUACAGAGUUAAUUGUUUCAAAGGAGUGUUUACACAGUGUGUCUUACUAACACUUUGAUUCUUCAUAUCUAUUACGUCUGAAUCUUCCAUCACUCCUUACUUAAGAAAGUGCUAUUGUGGAAGUCGCGAAGUCGGGUUCAUUCCUCAGAAAACCGACAAUAAUCACCACGUGAUAUGCGCGAAAAUGAAGAAAAAGAUUCUGGAACGUGAAGGUUCAGGAUCAACAAAUCUGCGAAAUAUCACUAGAUAGUGGACUCCCAUCUUCAGUUUAUCUCCAGUCGUCUUCUAUAUCCUGGAGUAUCUGCAACUGCUAUUGCUAUAAAUAUUGCUAUAGACAUUGCCACUGACUAU